AUGUAUGCCAAAGAAAAUCUAUUUGGUAAUCAAAUUAGUACCAGACAAUGGCCUUAUAUCCCUAAUGUCAUCAAUAACAAAAUCGUGAAAGCUGAUUUAGCAAUGAUUCAACCUGAAAUUAUUGAAAUGCCAUCUGGCAUAGUGCGUGUUACAAGUGCAACUGGUUUUUUAAUAAUUUUUGAAACUUCUAAUCACCCAGAAAAAGCUCGUCAUAGUUACGAAUGGGAAGGGGAACUUAUUAGAUUCAUAAAUGAAGAUAUAAAGCCGUACUCACAUAAUUCUGGUGUUAAUCCAAAUUAUGACGCUGGCAUUGUAAAUACUUUGGUUAAUAGCAUUUUGAACCUAUUUACUAAGAAAGAAGAGAAAAAGGAUGCAGAACGUUUGGUUGCUAAAAAAUAUAAAGAUUACGAUCAGUUUAAAAACUUUAAUAUUAUAGUCAAUGCUCAAAGAUCAUGGCAAGAUGAACUUACUAGAACAACAAAUUUUGAUAAACGUUUAGUUUUUGAUUAUGCAGCAGCCGUGAUAUUGAUAUUUCUUUAUAUGGCUUUAGUUAAUCGUACUAAGAAUUAUGUUCGAAGUAAAUCGAUCUGUGGUAUAAUGGGUGCUGUUAGUGCUUUGUUAGGAUUUGCUGCAGGUGCUGGAAUAUGUUAUGCUUUUGGAUUAAAACAUACGCCUACUAUGCACGCUACGCCGUUUUUAGUUUUAGCAAUCGGGCUGGAUAAUACUUUUGUUGUGUUAAAUUUUUACACUUUAGGUUUUACAUUUACAAAGAAUCCAAAACUACGCUGUCAGAACGCCUUAGCUGAAUCAUGCAUAGCAUUAUUUAUCACAACGUUAACUAGUAUUGUAUCAUUUGUUGUGGGAGCUAUAGGUCCAUACACGGCAAUUAGGAAUUUUUGUAUUAUCACGUCUUUUGGAUUAUUAGGAGGAUUUAUAUUUAAUAUUAUAUUUUUCUAUCCUAUCUUGUGCCUUGAAGCAAAAGCUGAAAGUCAAGGGCGAAUUUGGUUUUUGCCAGAUCGCUUAUUAGCUCGUUUGCGAUUUUCAAGAUUGACUAUAGAUAGCUAUAAAAUUUGGUUAAGAGAAAGAGCUCGACAUUCAAGAAGUAAUCCUGUGCCAAUAUAUAGUAUUAAUUCUAAUCAACCAAGAUUGCCGGAUAAUGAAAAUAACCGAGAAUAUGAAUUACCUGAUGUUGUGAUUGACACUAGUAUGAUGUCUAUCGAUUCAAAUAAUCCUGAGGGGUAUCGUUCUGAAAAUGAAAGCAGAUAUCUUUUUGAUAUUAGCGAUUUAAGAAAAAAGUUUAUGAACUCUCGAACAAUGUUUGAAGUUGCAACUAUUCAAUGGACAUUAACUAAAUUGCGAAACUCAAUACUUUCAGAGAAAAAAAGACGAAAAACGCAAAAUACGGAUAGCGGUAGGUCUGUUAUGAAUUCUGAAAACAACAAUAUGGAAGUUGCAAAUAACAUACGACGUUAUUCAUCCACCGUUAGUUAUGAUUCUGUAAACAUUAAUAGCGGAAAUUUAUCAAUAAGCGCUAUAGAUCGAAUUUUAACUAAAAAUACAUUGGACUCUACGUCAUCCGAAACAAGAAAAGAGUUUACCGAGCUUUCAAAUGCAUCUCUUAAUAAAUUAUCUGUCAUAGUAGAAGGUGCUCUACAUAUUUCAGCAGAACCUGAAGGGACAAAAGGUAGAAAAACACAUUUGUUUAUACUACGGCAUUUAGGCCCAUUGUUUCAGAUAUUGGGAAUAUUUUAUUUAUCAGCAGGAUUGGAUUUGGAACAUUUAACACCACCAGAUAGUUACCUACGUGAAGCGUUUGAUUUAUCACAUAGCAAGAUUCAGCUGUUUCCGCAACAAACAGAAAUUAAUACCGCUUCGCCCUUAGGCUCUGUGAUGCAACAAGUAUGGACUUAA